GGCUCCACAACGGCGCUCACAUUCGCGGCAUUCAGGAGCGAGCGGAAAAAAGACGUGGCGUUCGGGUUUAAAGAGUCUGUCGUCUGCUGCCCGCACUCUACGAGCAGCGUUCGCCUGCGUAUGAAGGUGCGACGUCAGAUAAGCUUUUGCAUCAAUGUUUGUUCUUUCUGUCUGCUGCAGCACCUCGCCUAACAGAACUCGUCUGCUUCAACGUGGCCUGUAGAGGUGCUACGUCAGAGGACUUCUACAUAAGUGUUAGAGCUGCUUGACAUUUCCCACGGCAUCCGAAGAACAGCGUUCGUCGGCCUCUUUCGUCUGCUUAUGCACAGUUCAAUUACAGUGCGACGUCAGAAGUCUUCUGCGUGAAGACGUAUGCAAAGCUUCGAUAUUUAUGGUGGUUUGUGCCUAAUAGUGAUCCGCAGACGACAGUGUUCAUUUGUUUCAUGUCAGCCUCACGUGCAGCAGCUCUGCUCCACUACUAGAAACUGCACUGUGAGUGAAAACGUGACUUGAAUUGCAGACCUUUGUCUUUAGAAGGCAUCUGCAUUUGUAACCCUAUGUCUUGUGGGCUGCUCGGAGUUAGCUGUAGGGCAGAUAUGCUACAUAAACGAAGCGCUCUUUCUCUUUAUUGCCCCUGCUGGUAAUUCCUUUCACGCGAGCCUAUUGUCUUGCAGAUUGUGCGCUUGACUUCUCGCGCUUCUUGUGCAAUUUCAAUGAAACCUGUUGCGUCGGCCACACACCUGCUUCUCGUAACGACGCUUCAGAGUGUUUUGUGUCUGCAUCACGACGCCUGUGUUUGCCUAUACAGCAUAGUUACGCUUCCUUCCUUCAUGGCUAUUCCGCAAGAGCCAUUCCUAUAGCUUCACCACGUGUGUAAGCUUGCUAAGGUUUGGCAGCAAUCAUUGCAACUUCGCAGACUGUGGCUGGAUGUAGCCACCUGGUCGGUGUCGUCAAGUUCUUUAGAAACAGUACGCCCACGUUAUGCUCCACGCUAAGCAUCUGCACAAUCCCAAAAAGAAGAAAUCCUGCUCGUUUAUAUCGACAGACAACUGCGCAGACCUCGGGUGUGUCUGCUGUGAAGUGUGGUGUCAAUAAUCAUUCUGAUAAGAGUGUACAGCUGUCGUUGCCGCGCCCUUGGUCUGUCCCGGAAGUUAGAUCCGGGGAAUAGUAUCACUGCUGGAGAAGAUACAGGAUUACUUGCCGGCAUGCCGUCGCCUUCGCGGCCAGCCUGGGCGUUCCAGCUUCUUCGGAUGCUCACGGCGCUACUCUACCUCGUGGAAGUAAAAGGCGUCCUGGUGUUCUGGUCUCCGUUCCACGACCCUCGGGUGCACGAGAACGCACCCGCGGGUGUCCACGUGACCACGGUGCGGGCCCUGGACGAGUCUUCGCCUGGAAAGCCCGUCGCCUACAGUCUCCUCGACGUCAAAGACUCGACCAACUUCCACCUGAACUACCUGACAGGAAAUUUAACAACAGCGCGGCCCAUUACCAGAAAGGUCGGCGAAAAGUACGAGGUGAUCGUGGCUGCCGUGAGCCAGGGUGUGACCGAGGUGAAGACGAUGCAGAUCGAGGUGACCGUGCCCAACGAGUACCCGCCCCGGUUCGAGCACCCUGUGUACCGCGCCGAGGUGCACCAGACACGCACCCGGCCCGGGUACCGGGUACUUCAGGUGCGCGCCCACGACCCGGACCCGGUGCCGUACAACGCCGAGGUCUACUACCGCCUCGACGCCGGACCGGAGUCUACGAGGGCACUCAAGUACCUCACCCUGGACGGCAUCACCGGUGAAGUGACGCUCAAUCGAAGCCUGUCCGACGCGGCGGACGCCGUGAUCGCCUUCACCGUCGUCGCCGAAGACGGCGGCUCACCCAUGAGAGAAGACAGGGCCCGGGUCGAAAUCCUAGUCAAGACCAUCUCCGAUCCCCAGAACACUCGCGCUGUCGUGGUGAACGAGACGAGCGUGCGCAUCUGCUGGCAGCGACCCCUGUACGGCAACGUGUCCGGCUACGUGGUCAAGUACCGGGCGGCGUCAGAGAACGUCACGUCGUUCGUGAACGUCACCACUGGUGCCACCGACAAGUGCGUUCCUGUGCACGGCCUGAGGCCCUGGACCGACUACGAGUACCGCGUGCACGCCUGGAACGGCCGAGAGGAGGGCAUCGGCAGCCCCGUCGACAGAUUCGCGACGCGCAUCGACUACUGCCUGCUGAACGUCUGCAAACACGGCUUGUGUGAGGCCACAGAAGAACUACCCGGUUACCGAUGCGUGUGUGACCCGGGCUUCUACGGGGAGGCGUGCGAGCACUUCGACCCGUGCUCGGAGAACCCGUGCAAGACUUUCGGCACGUGCGUAAACACCAGUCACGGCGAGUACCGCUGCGACUGCUUCACGGGCUUCUCGGGCCGCAACUGCUCCGACUUCGACCCGUGCCUGCUCAAGCCCUCCGCCUGCCUGCACGGAGGCGUGUGCCAGUCCAACGCGUCGCACACGUUCACCUGCCUCUGCGUGGACGGCUACUACGGCAAGACGUGCCACCAGUACGACCCGUGCUUCUCGUCGCCGUGCCUGCACGGCGCCCGCUGCCUGAACGAGUCGGACGUCAAGUUCAGCUGCCAGUGUCUGCCAGGAUACGCGGGUGACCUUUGCGAAGAGAACGUCAACGAGUGCCUGUCGAGCCCGUGCAAAAACCGCGGAGACUGCGAGGACGGCGUCAACAGCUUCACCUGUCACUGCACUCCAGGCUACGGUGGUCCACUGUGCGAACUCAGAGACACAUGCCCUGAAGAACUGCAGCAAACUGACAAAGGGACUUUCCACUGGCAACCCGUACCGCAUGGCUCCGUGGCCAAGAUUGAGUGCCCGUAUGGCGCGUACAAUCCGGCCAGCGAGUACAAGUACGCGCGACGCAAGUGCCGCCUGCUGGCAGAUGGGCAGACUAGCUGGAUGAAGGUCACGGCACAGCACUGUCGAUUCCAGAGCUUCCAGGCUGCAGAAAACAUCACCUCCGAACUGGAGCUUCUGACACAUGACCCGCGCAAUAUCAGGCCUGACCAGCUGCGCAACUUCGCUGACAAGAUCGAGCCGAUUGUUAAAUACGCCAUCAAAGACAUCAAGAUCGCGCAAGCCAUGAUUCACGUAAUCAGCAACUUCCUCGCCCUGAAUGACAGCGUCAUUGAGGAAGGAGAUUCCAGCGGAGUGGCUGUCGAAAAGCUGGUUUCCGUGGUGGAGCGGUUCACCUCGGAGGUGGUGCUGGGACCCGGCGCGCUCAUCAUCGAGAACGAGAACCUGGUCGUCAAGGCUGUCGCCUGGUCGCCGAAGCUGCUCUCCCAGGGCCAAGAUUUCCUCAGCUUCUCGCUGCGCUCCAACGGCGACCACUACCUGCACGAGGAAUUCGCCGGCGACGGGGACGAGCAGGAUGGCGGGAACAACAUCGUGAUCACCAUCCCGUUCGAGGCGCUGUCUAUGGCCAUCAACAGCUCUCUCCUGGCCGCUGGCGAGGCCUAUCGACCCAUCCAUGAAGUGGAGAAGGGACCGCGCAUCGCAUUCAUCUCGUACCGGAACGACAAGUUCUUCCGGCCAGCUCGCUACACUCCUGCGUCCCUGGUUAGCACAGGGCAAGUCGUGCUGUCAGCCAAGAUUGGUAACGGCAAGAUUGAAAAUCUCACCGAUCCUUUGGUCUACUCGUACCCGACUUACAAUGCCGAAAGAUACGUCUGUGCAUUCUGGGAUGACCGCCGUAAGGAGUGGUCUACCACCGGCGUAACAACGAAUCGGUCUGGAAACGUGACUGUUUGCACAUCAACCCACAUGACUGCGUUUUCUCUCCUUCUGGAUCCUCUACCAGGAACCUCAUUGGCACCCCACCACUACCGCAUUCUGUCUCUCAUAUCCUACGUUGGAUGUAUCAUGUCGAUCGUCGGCCUGUUUUUCACUAUAUUAACCUACUCCAUCUUCAGGUGCCUGAACAAGGACCGCUCGGGCAAGAUCCUCCUCAACCUGUGCUCAGCCAUGCUGCUGCUGAACGUGGCCUUCCUGCUGGGUUCGCUCCACCAGCGCUUCCCCAGGUUCGAGCUGUGCCUGGGCACGGCUGUGGCCACGCACUACUUCCUGCUCGCCUGCCUCGCCUGGAUGGGCGUCGAGGCGGCCAACAUGUACCAGAUGCUCGUUCACGUGUUCGCCUCGUCCGAGACGUGCUUCAUGCUCAAGCGCGUCUUCAUCGCGUGGGGUAUUCCAGCGGCUAUCGUUGGCACUUGCCUGGCCAUCGAUUUGGAGCCUUACAGAAGCCAAGAUGACUACUGCGUGAUAUCAUCCAGAAACCCAUUCAUCUACUACAUCGCAUUCCUGGGCAUCUCCUGCUUCAUCCUCUUCGUCAACCUGCUCGUCUUCAUCAUGGUGACCCGGGUGCUCUUCAAGCCGCGCAUGGCUGGAGCCAACACGAAGGCCGCCAACCACAACUCGACUUCCGCUUCCGGUCCCGGCUCCGCCAACCCGCUGCCCAUCACCGCGGCUCAAGUCCGCGGCGCCUUCACCGUCAUGACCCUGCUCGGGGUCACCUGGAUAUUCGGCGUGUUCGCUGUGGGCGAAGCGCGCACCGUGUUCCAGUACGUCUUCUGCGUGUGCAACUCGAUGCAGGGCUUCCUCAUCUUCGUGGUGCGGGUGCUGCAGUACCCGGAGGCCCGGGCCGCCUGGUCCCAGCUCGCCUCGACCGGCACGUUCAAGAAGAACCGAGGCUCCGGACCGCAGGCGGCGUCCUGGUGCGCGUACUCGAAUCCCAAGCGCAACAGUCACUCCUCCAUGGUGCGGGUCACUUCGAACAGCACCGACAGCACGAGUACGGUGGUGUUCAACAGCAACAUGUGGAACAAGGGAACCGGAGGCAGUGGCGGCGGCGGUCCAGCAGGUGCCCGCGACUGUCCCUCGAGAUUGUCUCGCUUCUCGAGUGUCGGCAGCCUGCUGAAAAACUGCAACCUGCAGAAGGCUGACAAAGGCACCGCGACUCUGAAUAGAAAGGACAAGGCCUCCUCCAAGGCAAUGGCCGAAGAACGUGGCACGAAGCAGAACCGCAAGGAAUUCUAUUCGUCCGAAGAUCAAGUCACGUCUCUGGUGCCUGAUCUGUACGCCGGCCAGGAGCACCAAAUCAAAAGCAACAGCGUCGGCGCGUCCGACCCGAUGAAGUACAUCGACGACGACUCUCGAAGCACGGUUACGACGCUGGGUCUGGGACCCAACCAGAAGGCGCACAUACUGUUCGCCUACACGGGAGGCGAGGCCACUCCCAUACGCGUCAACGGCGUGGUCCACUCGCCGCUGGACCAGCCGAAGCUCGAGUCCUUCAGCACGUUCCAGCGGUCGUCGCCCGUGCCAGCCAGCACGCCCAAGAUUCCCGAACUGCCGCGGUCCUGGAACAACGCUGCGGCCACGCUUGGGGCUGGACCCGUGGACGGCGUCGUCUCGGACCACGACUCCCUGCGUAGCUCCACAAAGAUGGCGGCGACCGAGGAGACGUCGUUCGUGACGCCCAGGAAAGCGAGCGUCGCAGUCGCCGCGUCUUGAAGAGUUGUAGACAGCAAGGACACAUGAUCGUGUUCCCCACUAAUUAACAAAUCCAUGGAUAGGAGACAGCUAGGACAGCGUGCCUUUUAUUCAGAAUUCCCAUCUUUGAGACGCGCAGCGUCGUGUUCUUGAGUGAAGAUUUCAUGUUGGUAUCAUGUCGUCAUCGCGGGAUGUGCAAUAGCAGUCGCCAAAUGGGAGCUGUGCUCUUUACCUACAAUUGAGUGCUGGUCAACUCGAGGCAUGAACACGUAGCGUGUUUCGUAGCGAUGCAUGAACACGUAGCGUGUUCACGUAGCGUGAACACGUACCGUCCCCGAGGGCCUGGAGCAGAGUCUGUGUUUUGUGCACUGAGGCGCCUGCUGGACUGCUGUGUCUCUGAGAAAUUGUCAUCGUUCCACGAUGAGGACCGGUGUUUGCUUCGUUGUUGCACUUAAGCCGCGCCCUUCUGUGUUGACAUCUGCCCAUGGCCGAAGGCUACCGACAGAACAGUGGUGCUGUGUGCCUGACACGUUUCUGUGCCACGGUUCUUUCUGCGGGCCCUUCCUGGUCCCUUGUGGCAUUUUCCUACUGUUUCCAUUUCCCCAUUGCCUUAUGUAUGCCAGAAAUCACAAACCAAGAGGCUCGCUGACAGUGAAACUGAGUGAAUAACGGACGUCCUUUGUAUUUGCCUCUGCCCAUGGUUAUUCGUUGCGUGGUGAUCUGUGGGACAAUAUGGGUGCGACGUAGACGCAUGAAGCACCAUUUUCUUGUCUGUAUAUACACAUUCUUAGGUAAUGUCUCUGUGUGCGCGAAUAUUCUGGACUGCAUUUAAUUUAUCUACACAACCACAGAAAUCUAUAUAAAGCUUUAAUAAUGAUAGCGUUAUCAGUACGCAUCUUUUUUCUUAUGCGCACUAUGAAGUCAUUGUAUUCGUAUUUGAGAAUGCGUAAGUGUGUGUUUGUGCUGAGGAGAAUGGGACGUAUAUAUAACACUCACCUAGCAAUUCGAAAGCAAGUUUUGCAUCACCAGUUAUUUAAAUGCGGAAAAGACACAAAACCCAUUGGCAGGAAUGGUCUUGACCCGUUUCGAUGAUGUGUGGUACAAGUGAUGGGCAUCUGAAAUUGCGCGUUCUGGGAAGAAUCAUUUGACCUUGCGUAUUGAAUAAAUUACAAAACCUAUUGCAGUACGGAAAGGAUAAAAGAACGAUUCAAAUAAUCUUGUAACGCUAAUAAAUAUUGAGUCCCCAUUAAUCUAAGCAGCACGAACAAAGCAUUUUGUAAACCAUGAAGUGCACUAUGGAUUGUUUGUCUUGUGGUGUACGUUAGAUGCAGUUUACGGUUGAUAAUAUCAUGCCAACCCUAAUUUUGCCAAAUUUGUCAAAAAAAUAUGAGAUAUUUCAUCAAAAUGCUGCACCCACCCUUCCUUGUUAUUUGUGUUCCUCUCCCACUUGAAAUUUAUUCAGGGGUCUCCAAAACGUAAACAUUAGCCCGAAGACAACUUGCAUUGUGAGGUUUUUGGUAAAUGAGGGGUUUCAACUUGCCAAGGCAACACAAGGGCUGUAAAAUACGCAGGAUGCUCCGGAUUGAUUUCAAGCACUUGAGUUCUUUAACGUGUACCUGACUGUUGGUUUGCGGCAGGUUUUUACAUUCCAUCAAACCAUCAUACGGUUUUACCAUCAUAAUGUUGAUGCGGCGUUCAUGAAUCGAACCCACAACCUCGCUCUCAAUAGCAAAACGGCACAUCUGGUGAGUCAGUGCGGAAAGUGUUCGGUUUCGUGUGAAACGAACAAAUGCUCAUGACAUGCUAGCAAGCGCGCUGCAUUUAAAAUAUAAAAGCGAGUUCUGCAUAUUUAAAACAAGAAACAUCGAUUAUCCUCAAUGUUAUUUCGUGAAUUGCUGGAAAUAUGUAACCUUCAAAAAACUAGGCAAGACCCUAGUAGCCAAGUAGCCUGAUUCAAGAGUAUCUGUUGUACAUUGCAAGCUUCUCCCGUUCAAAUAUUUAAAAUCCAGUGAUGUGAUCUAUCAGCUCGCAUGCUAGCUAAAAAUUGCUUUGUUUACAAUAUAUGCGGAUAAAUUGCAUUCCCACGUUGGAGUUAUAGCCCACUGCUGUUUACAAGGGUAUUGCCUGUGUGAAUUGAGUUCAGUGUGGUGUGUGACGUCUCUGUUAGUCCUUAUACUUCGCACCGGACGUAGCUUUCGCUAUGAACUAAAUGGUUGACCGAGUUCCCAGAAUUAUUAUAUUGGCCUCUUGAAUCCAAAAUUGUAAAUUGAAUCCGAAAUGGUAAAUUUCCGAGUUUGGUUAAAUGCUCUAGGCGGUUGUUUGCAGAGGUGAAAGGGAUCGCAGAAUGCCAAUGUCUGUCACAGAUUGGAUUUCAAACUCAGUUUAGGUGCAAACGGGGAUAGAGCAAACGGGGAUAGCUGAUUUUUUAAUUCACAUCAAGGGAAAGAAAUGGAGCUGGGCAGAUCAUGUAAUGCGUAGGCUAGAUAACUGGUGGACAAUUAGGGCUACAUAAUGGGUGCCAAGAGAAGGAAAAGGCAGUCUAGAAGACGAUUAGGCAGAAGACUAGGUGGGAUGAUCAAGUUAAAAAAUUCGCAGGUGCAAAUUGGAAUCGGUUGGCGCAGGACAGGGGUAAUUUGAGAUCGCAUGGAGAGGCCUUCGUAUUGAAGUGGACUUAAAAUAGGCUCCUGGUGAUGGUGAUGAUGAUGAUGGUAAAACACCCUAGUUGCUUAAGAUCGAUCGAGAGCCCCAACCACUAUGGCGUCUCUCAUAACCCGUGUGUUCCUUUGGCAAGUGGAAUCGCAAUGCUUUAGAUUUUUUCCGUUCUUUUUGUGUCGCAUUGAACGGAGUGAGCGGAUCUAUAAUGUAACAUCUUCGGGAUCAGUUUACGAAUGCGGAGGAAAGCACAUUUCCUCCGGCAUAUAUUCAACUUAGAAUAAAUUUCCGUUGGGGUUAACACAGUGUAGGUGUCCUGCUCAAGAUCAUCCUGAGGCCUUCUUUGUGUGUGCUCACACAGGGUAUUCCGCCAUCUACACCAUGUUGUAAUGGUUGUCGCUAUGACGAGAAACUUGGUGCAGUAGUGUUGCCGCUGCAAGUACUGAAAUCGCUACAUGCUUCCACAAGUGAGAAGAGAGCGGGCGUUUAUUUUUGAACGAUACCGGAUGGUUCUCAUUAUGUAAUGUAGCCGCUAUAUAUACCGCGAUGAAAGGGGCCGGUCGAUUUUCGUGUUUAUGCAGCCUUCUAACUGCUUCAAAGCACCGUCGAGGUUUCGAAAAAGAAGCAAUGAAAUGCGGCAUGCACAUGCGGGCUUCUAUUCUCACCCGAUUCUUGCAAAACUUUGGAAGUGCUUCGAAGCUUGUAAACGCGCAUUGCUGUUCAGGCUGUUAGGUGGUGCGCUGCGCAGCAUUUGAACAUGGACGAUCUGCUCGGUCGCCUUCAGCACUGCUGCAAGUCUGUAUUUCCCUAGCUCCGUUGUUGUCUUAUUUAUUGUGUGUAUGUGUGUCAGUUUAUUGCCACCUCCCUCAAUCUACUCAUUCGAAUUGAUAAGCAAGUGAAGCUAAUCGAAAUGUCAGGCAUUGAUCCACUGAAAUUAACGUCAUAGACAAGCGACUGCAGAAACUUUUGCAGAAGGGCUAUCAUUUUGUAUUCACCAUGUUACGGUUUAGUAUGCGCGAAAAACCGGAAGACAUCGUUUAGAAAGCUUUUAAGAAAGUGUGGAGGCAGACUGGAUAUAACUGAAAUAUUGAAGCAGGCAUGACUGUUAAUAAUCACUAAAGUGAGCACGCUCAAGUCGCGUAUUUAGAAACUCCAGUUUCUUGUUAGUUGCAAUAGCAGGACGUCUGCUUACAUAUCCGUGUGCAGUGCAACCCACAUAUCUGUGCCAUUAUCAGCCUAGAUAGCUCCAAUACUAAAUUGAUUUCCAUUUAGCACUUCUCGCACCUCUCCAACUGCAAUACAUCAAACUGCGAGCUAGCUCAAGAAUGCACAAAUAGGACGAAAUAAUUGAGUAUAGUAGUCCUUCGCUGACAAAAUUGUCUCCACGCCUCGUAUAUUUCGUGUUCACUCGUCCCACAUAGGAUCCAAUGGUAAAAACCGAUAAGGUUCUGUUACCGUAUGGAACGUUUUUAAAAUUGCAGUUAAGGACACAGAAUUUUUUACACAUCCUUCACCCCUGCAGACUGGCCUCGGAAUGAAAAUUCGUGUUUCUUUACAGUCAACAAACUGAAGAAGCUCUGUGUGCUAUACAGUGGCAAUGUCUACUGAUUUACUCGUCCACAGUACCGUCAUAUGAUUUCCGCUGACGACCAAUGUAGUUUCUAUUGCCUGCUUUAUCCCUGCUCACUGAAGGUGUCCUGCAUGCAAAAGUAGUGCCCACAGACUCGUUUAGCUUGUUUUGUUGGUGAAUGGGGCGUAAGUAUCCCUUCUGCGUGACUUGUGCCCAGGAUUUCACUAAUGUGUCUCUAUGUAUGUAUGUUGUGCGUGCGUGAUUUGAAGUGUUUUUUAAACAUAAGGGAGGCCGCUAGCCCCUAACGUUUUAGCCAUGGGCAAAUUCAUCCACGUGUCACGAUCUUUGCGUAGGUGGGCGUAUCUUGUCGCGCAGUAACCUGCCCAGUGAAGACGCUAACGUUAAACGCCACGUAAAUGUCUCUUCUACGACAGGCGGCAACUUAGAGUGUGUUGCAAUUCGUUUCAGCAAGCACGGCUUCUUAACUUGUUAUAAGAAAAAAAAACAGCUGCUUCUCUGCGUAUCAGAGCACGAACACGCCAUGACAACGUUCCCCUCUUGGCGCGCACUUACUCCUGCAAAGGUGAACUGAAAUGUUACUGCUAGUAAUAUUGUUGUAUAUCCCGCAGAAACAAACAAUAUUCAAUUACUUCGUACAGGUAUUCUUUAAACUUGGUUCUAAUUGACAUGUGCCAUAAAAGAAAUGACUGCAGCUACCUGCGCUCUACGACGACUCGUUGACAAACCUUACCAAAGCUUGCCUUUUUUAUAAGUCUGGCAAGUAUAAGUCUGACCUGAAUAUCAUUCGCGUUUAAGGUUCCAUUUGUGAACCAUGUCAGCGAGCCUUCGGCAUGAUCGUGAGCCUCGCCAAUAGCGCUCACUUGAGCUCCGUGUCGUAUCACUUCGCUGUCGAGCCCCUAAAGGCGCUCUCACCAGGAUUGUGCAUUGUAAACAGACAAGCGCGACGCGUAGAUCAGGCGCUAAUGAUCGUGUCUGUAAAGUAUCGAACCGCUCCAGGGGGGGCGAAGGGAAACUCGAAUUUCAACCAGCUUCACGCGCGCUCCUCCUCCGGGCAACUGCACUUUCUCCCGGAAGAUCAAGGUCACACCCAUAUAGACUCCCCUAUGUAAAACUCAUUCGCUGCACCGUUAGCGAUUAUAUGGCACGUUACUUCUCUAAAUCAUCCAAUGCCUAACGCCAAAGACGACCGCUGGAAGUGCGCCGCGCCGCAAAACGCGAAAGAAAAAAGAAAGAAAUGGGGACCCUACACGCUAUGGCAUUCAGUUCGGGCGAAGUUUUCACUGUUGUUAGCGGGGAACGCCUGUCUUCUUUAGCAACCAUUCGCAAGUGCAAAGCAAAUAAACAACACGGACACAUUUUUUUUUACCGGGCACAUCUUUAGCGAAGUAGUCAGCAUUGGUGCUGGCUUCCAUUCAGUAUCCUGCAAGGUGUCUUUAUUUUCUUGUCUUCGUGUUUAAAACACGGCUCGAGAUGGGUGAUAUCCAGCAGAGAAGGCAAAGCAACUGUCUGCGCCAAUAUUUGGGACGUACCCUUUCUGUGCAGCCACUUCAGAAAAAGUUGUGCGAAGAUUUGUAGCCCCAGGGUAAAUUUGCCCAGACGUAAAGCGUUUCGUGCAAGCGGCCUUAGAAUGUUCUAUAUACCCCUCCUUUUCUACGCGACAUGAAGAUGUGUAACUCCGUCCCCCCGCGUGGUUGUGCCCUUGUAUAACUUAUCUGGGGGCCCAAAUGCUGUAUAGUGAUAAUUUAAGUGUAGUAUAAAAGGAGAAAGCCAACGCGAAUUCAUUAAUAAAGAUGUGUUCAUUUUACCAAA